AGUGUGUUUUUUUUUUUUUUUUUUAAAUCUUCAAACCAAAAUUUGUAAAUGGCUGAUCAAAAAUCAACAUCGGUUACGAAAGAUUUGUCUGCAACAAAAAUGCAGUCAAAACAACAAGAUCAUCCAGAAAUGAAACAAUCUCAGACUAAAGUAUCGGCAUCAGUCAAUGAAACAUUACAAAUGAAAACAUCGGUACAAGCAAGUCAGCAGCAGCAGCAACAGCAACCUGUUGUUCAACCAAAAGUUUCGGCAGCAUCAAUUGGUGAGAAAUCACUGAGCAUACGUUCUAAAGCAGCAGGACCAGUCAGCGGUCAACCAGUACAGUCAAACAUGAAUAUAACAAAAGUUCCACCAUCAAUGAAAGCUAUGGCUAAUGAAAAAUCAAUAAGUAUGAAAAAUUCUGCCUUACAACCAAUGACAAAAAAAUCAGCAUUUGUACCAUCAAAAAUGCAUCCAUUACCACAGCCAUUGCAGCAACAUACAACACAACAAUCUACUACUGGUGCUGCUACUGUUAAUCAGAAUGCAAAAAUGAAUUCGUUGGCCGUUGUACCAAAAUCUAAGAUACAAGAUUUUGAUACCAAAACUGCAUUGCAGCCAUUCAAAGGACCAAAUGGCCAGCAAUUAAUGCAGAAAAAAAGUGACCAAUUAUCAGUAGGAAAAUCGGUUAUUGGCGGUUUGGAUGGAAAAUCAUUAAUGACAGAAUCAUCAGUGGAAACACGUGAAACAUUGACAAUUAAAAUCUCACAAGGUAAAGAUACGACAGAGAUUACACAGGUGAUUGAGAAAAAAUCACCUAGUUCCAAACGAAAGAAACGAUCACGUUCACCUCGACUAAUGAUACUGCCAAGUACACAACAAGAAGAUAAGGCUAAAAAUUUGCUUGCUAUUAAAGGACCACCACCACCACCAUCAUCAUCACUAGAACCACAAAAAGCAAUAACUGCAGCUGUACCAGCAACAGAUCAAUCUAAAUUGAUGGAACCAAAAUCUGUAAUACCAACAUCUGGUAUUGUUGAAAUAUCCACAAUAACUGGUUCAAAGAUUACACCAUCAUUAUCUGGAUUUCCAAUAGUAGAUGAAUCUGGUACAAAAAUUUCAAUAAAAAAAUCUAAAUCACCACCACAAAAAAUUGAAAAAGAUGAAUCGAAAAAAGAAAAAAAAGAACAACAACAAUUACCACCAUCAUCACAAUUAACAACUAGUAAAUCAUCAGCUAUUACUACGAUGACAACAUCAAAAACACCGAUAGGUCCAUCGAUAAGUAGUAAAUCAUCACGAAGACGACGACGAUCAUCGGAUCGAUCAUCGUCAAGACGUUCGAAAAAAAGUUCAAAAGUUUCUAUUACACGUGAAAAAACUAGACAAUCAUUAUCUGGCGAUGUUUCUUCUGGUGGUUCGGCGGCAGGUGGUGGUGGUGGGGUGGUGCUGGAACAAAAAUUGUUGAACGUAUACAUGCAAAAGUUGUACAAACAAUAGAACAAAAAU